UUAGAUAUGCAUGAAAAAAAGCGAUUUAUUUGAAUGCUAUAAAUAUGUAAAGCUUCCAGGAUCUGUUUAACUUUAUUGCUCUUCAUUCGACUCUCAAAUAAACAUGUGGGUUCUCAUUAUUGCCGUCGGUUUAGUCAUCGCAGGUUCUACAGCUCUAGAAAAGGACGACAUUUGUGAGAAGGACAGUUGGGAAAUAUGUGAUUCUGGUAUACCUUUUGUGUUUCCAAACAACGAGAAAGAGUUCGACGAGACUUGUUCUAUUAUAUUGGACGAAUCUAAAUGCAGACAGGAACAUGCAAUCAAAUGCGAAUCGGACAAGCUUGAAAAAAUUACUGGAAUUGUUGAAUUUCUGCAAGAAGUCUGCCGCAAAGGUUCCAGCCUUAAUGAAGCUAUCGGGCCGAAUAUAGGAUGCAUCAAAGAAAACGUAAUCAAGGAAUGUUACGAAAAGACCGGAACGGUAUUUAGAACUUACAAAGAUUACCUGAACACUACAGGUGAAGAAUUUUCAGAUGACAACUGGAAGAAGCUCAUGUGCAUGAGUUUGGCUUAUGAUCUUGCUUGCGCCGUCAAUGCCGUUUCAGUGCCCUGUGGCAGUACGGUGAGGGAUGCCAUUCUAGAAGUUAACCGUCGUAUUGACUGGAUGGAAAAGAAGGAUAUGUGUCCAAGAAGCUUGAGAGAAGAAAUUGUUGAAGACAUUCCAAUCAUACAAAUCAGCCUUGUGGAAAAGGUGAUACUCGAAGAAUUACUCUUGGACAUCUGAACAAGCAAACUGAUGAAAGCCCUGAAAGAAGAAAAACUCAUUUUGAGUACAUCGAUUAAUGUUUGAUUACUUAUGAGUAUAGAAUUAAAUGUAAAAAGUAUCUUUUGCAAGCA